AUGUCGGACCAGGUCGCGACCAACCCUCCUAUCGGCGCGGUGCACCUCGAGGCUCCUCACGGCCUUGUGGCAAGUUCCCCUGAUCUGAAGCGGACCGUGAGCGAAGGAAGUGUGGCAAUGGAUGGUACAGAUUACCGCGAGAUUCUUCCUAAACCCUCCAAUGACCCUAAUGAUCCAUUGAAUUGGUCAUGGGCUCAGAAGCACGUUGUCCUGCUCUUGGUGGCGCUCAUGGCAUUCCAGGGACCUUUUGACGCAGCUUCUCCGGCCUCUGGCUUUCUUGAACAAGCGCCAGUCUACCAUACCUCGGUCCCUUCGAUGCUCGACUCUGUCGGAGCACACGCAGUCAUGGCUGGCGCCGGGGGCCUACUAUGGGUCCCCCUUUCUUACCGUUACGGACGCAGUCCUAUCUACACAGCUGGGGCGGUCGUCGCUACUCUUGGGGCCUUGGGUUGCGCUCUCGCAAACGAUCUCCCAGCUUUUUGUGGUGCUCGGGUGGUAAACGGCUUGGGGUGCUCUGCAUCCAUGAGCAUCGGAGCUUUGACGGUGAAAGAUCUAUUUUUCAUCCAUGAACGUGGACAGAAAAUUGGUAUAUGGACGAUUUCCAUUGGAUUGUCCCCUUACAUCGCCACCCUCCUGGAUGGAUUCGUGACGACCCACGCUGGUUGGAGAUGGAUGCAGUGGCUUACAUUCAUUAUCUGGAGUGUGCUGUUGGUGUUGUGCGUGGUGGCCCUUCCGGAGACGCUGUAUGAUCGGCACCACGGCCUGCUUGACGUUCCACCGAAGAAGACGUAUGUGCAACGGCUGAAAUGGAAACAUUUUAAGGGAAGACAACUCACGUUUCGGAACUUCUGGCAUCCAUGCACCAUGUUCUUCUACCCUUCCGUCAUUUUUCCCGGAUUUUACUACGGAAACCUUUACGGAUUUUGUGUGUUUGGGGCUUUAGGCAUGCUUCCAUUUGCAUUCGCAGAGAUUUAUGGCUUUGAUGCCAUCGGACAAGGGCUCGUAGCAAUCCCGCUGGCCGUGGGUACGAUCUUGGGCGAGCCGCUCGCCGGCCCUUUUUCUGACUGGAUGGUCCGGUUUCUUGCCCAAAGGAAUGACGGGCUACGACAUCCAGAACAACGUCUUCAGGCUUAUUGGCUUGGUGCAAUCCUCGUACCCUUAGGGUUGACGAUGUUUGGCUUAACUCUUCAGUACGAAGUGCAUUGGAUUGCUCCCUGCAUUGCCAUCGCCAUCUACUCGUUCGCGAUACAGAUCGUAUCUACUGUCACGUUCACCUACGCCGUCGACUGCUAUGAACAUGUAGCAGGUGAAGUUGCGCUCGUUCUAAACUUCUGUCGUAUGGAGUUUGCCUUCUAUGUUUCCUUCUACCUACCUCAUUACACUAAGAAGGUUGGAUACGGUUGGGCAUUUGGGAUCUAUGCCAUACUUUCAGUUAUGCUGUUUCUGCCGAUGAUUUUGCUUAUGUUUAAGGGAGGACAAAUCAGGAAGCGCUUGGGGACACCUCAAUCUGAUUUCGUGCACCACGCUGUUCCUGUUCAGGUAGAGGAGAGUGUCCCAGGAACGGGAAAGGAAGUUGAAUGA